AUCCCAUUUCCCUAGAGCCUAAGAGUGUAAAGUGUCAACCAAAAAUAUAGAUACCAAGAUGUCUGGCAUUAUAGCACCGGGACAGAAGCUGGGGGCCAUUGGCACUCCAGUGCAGCCCAAACCGGAGCAACAAAGCUUGGUAACUCGUGUUCUCGGAGGAGGAGAUGCACGGCGUUUUGGCGGUGGCGGUACUCGUCAUAUCGGAGAAGGCCGUGGGAACCGUGCUCUUGGGGAUGAGGGUGAGUUGGGGAGGAAAAUUCUCGCCACUCAUCACGAAGCUGAGGAGCGCAUUCAGGUCAGGCCUAUUCUUCAAGUCAUCGACGUCAUCUUCCAGCGCGCAGCUGCUGACCUCCCCGGACUCGUUCAGGGUGCGCUAACACAAACGGACAAUGCUGCGGCCGAUGAUAAGGCCCUGCGCUCUGCUGUUGCUCUCCAGGACAUAAUUGAACUUCCAACAAGAAUUAUCAGUCAAAUUUCCUGUGAGGUGUGUUGCAAAACCGCGUCUGGAGUUGAUGUACACACGAUUGUGAUGGAGAUAUUGCAGAUAAUCAAGCACUACAACUGGGACUCAAAGGUGGCGCUGGCCUUGGUGUCUUUUGCGGUGAUCUUCGGCGAGUUUCGGCUGGCCAUUCAGCUUUACUCCACCAACUCGCUCGCCAAGGCGGUCGCGCUGCUCAAGCAACUGCCGGAGGUGUUGGAGCAUAUCGGGGCUCUGAAGACGAAACUCGACGCGCUCUUUGAUCUUAUCGCUGAAAUUCUUGACGUCACACAGAAAAUCGUCGAGUUUUACGAGCUUCCCCGGAACGAAUACUUCACUGCCGAAUCCCCUGAAUUGGUGGCUGCUAGUUCUCACAUCCCGACUGCUGUUUACUGGACCAUUCGGAGCAUAGUGGUUUCCGCAACACAAAUCUUGGCCCUCACUGGCAUGGGCAUUGAGUACUUAACAGAGCCAUGGGAGCUAUCAUCAUUGGCACAUAAGCUCAACAACAUUAAAGGGCACCUUAUGGACAUUAUCCAACGUUGUCAUAAAUUCAUUGAGAGGAAGAGGGACGAGGAAUUGCUUGAGGUCCUUAAACGGAUCUUCUCAGUUGUUCACAUUGAUAAUACAAAGCCUCUUGGUGCUCUAUUCCACUACAAGGAUGGCCAGCCAGCACUCUACGAUUGCUACAACAAGAAAAGGGUUUCCACUGAUGACUUGAGGAGGAAGGUUGUAGCUUUGUUCAUUACAAAUAUAGACCCGGAGCUACCGCGUGGACAAGAGUACGCAAUCUUGCAGCAAAUGUACCUUGAAAAGCGGCACAGCCCGACAAGGACGGAGAGUCAGUACGAGGUGGUUUGGGUCCCGGUUGUGGAUUUCUGGACUGAGGAAAAAUACAGGUUGUUUGAGACCCUUAGGGACCAAAUGGAAUGGCACUCAGUGCACCACCCUUCCGUCGUGUCCCCGGUGGUCAUUAGGUUCAUCAAAGAGAAGUGGAACUUCAACAAGAAGCCUAUGCUUGUGGUGAUAGACACACAAGGUAAAAUCGUGCACCACAACGCGAUCCACAUGAUGUGCAUUUGGGGAAGCUUGGCUCACCCUUUCACUACCAAUAAGGAGAAAUUGUUGUGGGACGAAAUGAGCUGGUCCCUUGAUCUUGUGGCCGAUAACCUUGAGCCAAGCAUGGGUACUUGGCUCCAAGAGGGAAAAUACAUUUGCCUAUAUGGAGGAGAAAACAUAGAGUGGAUCAGGAGUUUCACAAGGAUUGCAAAAGCCGUCGCAAGGGAAUCCGGGUUUGGUUUGGAGUUGAUUUACGUGGGAAGGAGGACGGCAAAGGAGAGAGUGACGAAGAAUAUUAUUGAAGUGAUUCAAAAGGAAGAUCUAAGCAAAACACUUGAGUGGGGCCUCAUCUGGAUCUUCUGGUUGAGGCUGGAGAGCAUGUGGCACUCCAAGGGGCAGCUAGCCAGGACUGGGAAUGAAAAGAAUGACCCCAUAAUGCAAGGCAUCAUUGCUAUGUUGAGCUUCGGUUCGGGCGAGCAAGGGUGGGCGUUGGUCAGCAGGGGAUUGACUGAGAUGGCUAAGGCUAAUGGGGAGCACAUGUCCAAGGCCUUGACCGAUCACAGCCGGUGGAAGCAUAGGGAGACUGAGAUCGGGUUCGUGGCUGCACUUGAUGAGUACCUCCGCCAAAUCCACCUCGAAGCGCCACACCACUGCACCAGCCUCUUGUUGCCUGCCACCGGGGCCAUGCCCGAGUCAGUGUCGUGCUCCGAGUGCGGCCGCCUCAUGGAGAGAUUCACCAUGUUCCGCUGCUGCCUCGAUUAUUGAGCUCGUAAUUUAACCGUGGGAUUGUUUUAAAGUACCGAGCCGAGUAUUGCUUUCCACUUUUUGCAGCCGCUGCUGCUGCUACUACUUACAAUGGUUUGCCAUGGGAAUAACGAAAACAGAGCCUUCAGGCUGUUUGUGUGUCGUUUCUUUAUUUGUAUUAAUGAGAAUAAGGAUCUGCCUUUCUUC